UAAAAGAGGAAGUUUCUUCCGGUCGUUUUUGGCCUCUUUGAAUCAACUCUGCUGGCUUGUUCUUCUUUCACACCCAACGCAUAUUCCCUUCUCUCCUUUCGUCAUCUCUCUUUUUAUAUAUUCGCGAGGGGAAAGAAAAAAACCCUAAAUGCAGAAGGCGAAUCCCCAAUCAAUCUCAUAUAAUCCUCGCGAUCUCGUCAUUGCUUUGCCCUUGUUUCAUAUCAGGACGUUUGAAUUCCCCAUACCCCCAAUAUUGUACAGCACCUAAGUUAAUAAGUGCAAUCAUUGGUUGUUUCUCAUGGAUCUUGAUGGUGGCUCGCCAGAUAUCAUUCCAAUUGAAUCCUUCGUGUUGCACAAUUUUGGGGGUCAUUUAUUUUCACAGAUUAGCUCAUUUCUUGAUAAUUCGAUGCACCAAUCUCAAAACAUGUAUGUCCCUGGAAGUUUAGCUCUCCGAGAAGCAUUUAACUGUGUGUCAAAGUUAGCCGGUGCUUUGCUUUUUUGGUUCUCUAGUACUUCUACUUCAAAUAUGACUCAGAAUAUAACUUCGCAUGGUUCAAAACCCAGAAGUCCUGCAUCUUCUACACAAGUUAAGCACCUUACUUCUAGAAGGAAUAAUCUUAUUGGAUUUUGCUUCAAUAGAUUGAAAGAAAAACCUGACACCCCACUGCUUUUUGAUAAGAUGUCAAGUCUCAUGAUGAAGAUUCGGUUUAGAGAAGCCAAAAUGCUUCAAUCAUAUCCUUUGUUCUCACUGGCUGCAGUGCUUAUACCACCAUUUGAUAACUUAUCAUCAGAGGUACUAACUGUUUCAUUGGAGAAUACUGAUGUACAAGUGCAUGGAUGUAUGGGUCAAAGAUCUUGUGAGGUUGAAAAUCAAAGAUAUACUGGUCUAGCUUUGCCUGACUUGAACCGGACAAGACAUGCAGUUGAGCCCAGAACUGGCAUUGAGUUUCCUAUGAUUUUGGACAACAUUUUAGCUGGAGAGAAGAAUUCCAGUUUAAGUUCAGAGGUCCUUGUGGGAACUGGAUCGAGAACUAUGAAAAUUCUCAAGAUCAAAUCUCUAAAGAUCUAUGCGUUUGGUUUCUACGUUCAUCCUUACUCCGUUUGUGAGAAAUUGGGUCCAAAGUAUGCCUCAAUUUCAGUGGAUGAACUGAAUAAACGCAAUGAUUUUUAUGAGGAUCUUCUUAGGGAGAAUAUUAAUAUGGCUGUUAGGCUUGUGGUCAAUUACAAUGGUAUUAAAAUCAAUACCGUUAAAGAUGCUUUUGAGAAAUCCCUUCGAGCCAGACUAGUGAAGAUAAACCCAGACACUGACUACCAUUGCGUGAGAAUCUUUGGUUCACACUUCACCCAAGAUAUUCCAAUACCUGCGGGAACAACAAUUGAUUUUCGACGAACAGCUGAUGGACAACUAAUUACUGAAAUUGGGGGUAACAAGAUUGGAGUGGUCCAUAGCAAGGAUUUAUGUAGGGCUUUCUUCGACAUGUACAUCGGCGAUGUUCCAGUGUCAGUUCAAACAAAAGAAGAGAUUGGCAAAAAUGUUGCUCAUCUCAUUAGAAGGGGGGACCAGCUGGUCACUAGGUGAAUAUGCCGGAUAUUGGCAUACAGGUUAUUAGAGUAGUUCAAAUUCGAUUACCCUCAGCAAUUCUUUGUAGCCUUUUAUUUGGAAUGGCAUCAAUCUAAUUGUCAGGUAUAUAUGUAUCUUUUCUGACAAAAAUACUAAACGAAAUUUAAAGAAUAAUGUUGCUACCAUCUUUGUUUCCACAUUUUUGAAA